ACCACGGAUCGAGAGACCGCGUCUUCUGUUUGACAGCGCCUUUGUCCUGUGGGCUACAUAUAUACUGGUGAGAGCCGGAGGGGGUGGGGGUCAUUUCCCUCUCCCGACGCGACGACCCCCCAGUCCGCUACUUGGUAUUGCCUCGAGGAUCGCUGAAUCGGUUGCGCCUGUACACGUUGCGAGCACAAGUCUGCCCCAAAAGGAACGAGGUGAGUAGCCGUGGCGUGUGAAAGGGCGGGGCUGGGAGGGUGCCUGUUGUGUUCUGAUGAGAUAUUUUCCACGGGAUAUGGAGUGGCACAAAGCAGGGUGCACGCGCUUGUGCACGCGUUCGGAUUUAUUUCAACGCCCUGGAGGCAGGCCAUCCCCCUUCCUCCCUCCAAAGAAGCCUCGACUCUUCCUUUUUCUCGUCCGCUUUCUAUUACCGGCCUGCUGUCUCCCUUACUUAUACGCUCCCUUCCCUCCCUACAGAACAUCCCUCCCCAUCAAUGGCUACCCUUGGUCCCUCCUCCUCUGUUCGCCAUCCCUCUCCCAGCUACCGUAGGGCCAACAACAGGCUACAGCACCAUGCUCGUCCACCACAACCCCCGUCGCAUUCCCAGUCGUCCGCUUCUUCCCAUGCCCCCGAGCCCCAGCGUUCCCAGAUGUCCGACCCUUAUUACGGCCACGAAGACGUCGCAAAAACAUGUGCACAUUUCGUCACCCAUUUGUUCGCAUGCCCCGAGCUCCCACAACCAUCCACUGCAAACCCCGGCACCCCUUCGCCUCCUCUAGCCUUGUUCAUCGCUUACGCUCUCCACCGAACAAGAUUGCAUUCCUCUGUAACGUUUGCCGCUCUCUAUCUCCUCCAACGUCUAAAAGCGCGGUUCCCUGCUGCUCGCGGCUCAUCCGGUCAUCGCCUGUUCAUCUCCGCUUUCAUGCUCGCCUCCAAGGUGAUGUGCGACGACACCUACUCCAACAAGUCGUGGUCCAUCGUAGGGCAAGGGAUGUUCGCGCUGCGCGAGAUCAACCAGAUGGAACGCGAGAUGUGCAGUUAUCUCGAGUGGCAGUUGAAUGUGGAGCCAGCACUGCUACGGGAAUUCGAAGCGAAGGUGCGCAAAGAUUUCCGUGGACCUCCACCAUACCCAACGUACACCAUACCUUCACCUACCACUUCCCCCAUGCCUUCCACGACUCCGUACGGUAACGGUAAUAGCGCACCUACGCAACCACCGUCGUUCGUUAGCGGUCGCGCGCCAUCGAAUUCGCCGCCCAAACCUUCUCCCUCCGCCACAGUACAUCAUCACCCCAUUUCCACCGCCCCGUUACCUCCACCACCUAAUACAACUACAACUACAACAAUGUACGCGCCCACUUCACCUGGAACGCCUGACACUCCCGAGGCGUAUCGAUCGAACUCGACAUCUCCGGCGUCGUCAGGGUCACCGCCGACGCCGCCAGGGCAUGAAGACCAUUGCGCGAAGAUCGUCCAGUCUGAGCCGUAUCCGAUCUCGUCAGAACCGCGGUCGAUUCCGAUGUCGAUCUCGAAGCCGUCGAGACGUGUCUCGUCGGAGAAGUACGUCUUAAUGGACGAUGCGACGGAUGUGCAGAUGAUGAAAGCCAAACUCGAGUUCCUCGCUUUCGCGGGACCUUGUGAUUGGUAGAUUCCAGCCCAAUCGCUCUCAGACCAACGGGAGGUAGACCGAUGCAACUGCUUCGCGAUGUCUAUCUGUUUUAGGCCUGUCCACUCAUUGUCCCGGGUUUUCUUUCUCUUGUUAACCGGGCGAUUGGGGAUCUUGACAUUAUUUUUGUUUGGCACGCACACACGCUCUUUGUUUUCUUUUUACACGUCUCGAAGACGACACCGACACUCACACAUGACUUCACUCUCUCGACGACGACGACGACGACUCGACCCCGACAUCUUCCUCAUCGACCUUGGGCUGAAUGGACCUGACCUCUCAUGCUUUAUAUCUAUACCCUCGACUAUCCUCGAUACCUACCAAAUAACUCGAGCCCUUUGCUUCCAUCUUUUUUCUUUCAUUGGGGAAUAUACAUGGGGGUUCUUUUUCUAUUGCUACUUUUCUCCUUUUUUUGCGCAUGCCCGUCGCCAGUAUUGAUUUUUUGAUUGAGAGAUGAUUUGGUUGUUGUCUUUUUUUUUGUUGACUUGCUGCAUAUUAACUGUUUCAUAGUCUGUCACUCCCACUUGCACGUACACUUUUUCUUUUAGUCACUUCACUUCUUCCCGUGUUCCGGCUCUGUUUUGCAUUGCAUUUUCUUUUCCUUUAUCAUUUCAUUCUUCAUGUGUAUACCAUACAACGAGUAAUUUUCCAUCCCAUCCAUCCGUAAGUAAAUGUCGUGUAGGCUCAUUAUAUAGGCAGAAGAAGAAGAAAUGAAUAAAAUAUGACUUAUGAAACAUCUCUCUCACCC